UUUACUAUCGUGUGGCAGUAUUAAGGAGAGUACGUAUUAAAGAGGGGAUAAAAGGCCUAAUUAUAUAGUAAAACAAAGGUGGUUGUUACGUUUUUUAGAAAAGAUGCCUCUUGAAAAUAUGGAAGUGAAUUUUCAACAAGAAACCUUGGUCACCGAUGUAAGUUUGGAUAAGUUAACUCGUGAAGGUAAAGAGGAAAGUUGUAAAAAAGUUAUUGACCUUAUAAAACGAAAUGUCCUUCUUCUAGAGAAAGGCGUAUCUACAAAAGAAAAUCGAUUUUUUUCUAGGGUAGUUAGGAAUUUAUCAACGUUGAAAAAGAAACUGACUGCAGAAAUCCUCUUCGUCUGCAUUUCACAGCUUAUAACAGAUCUUAGCCCAGACAAACCUUUUUUAUUAUCUUUUCUAAAUAGCUUCGAUGAGUCUUUACUUUUAAAAAAAGACAAAAUGGAUAUUGAUAAUACCUCUGAAGUUAAUAAAGAAGAACAUAAAGAGAACAUUUCAUAUGUUCCGGAAGUGGAUGUUUACUUGCAAUUACUUGUUUUAUUAUGGCUUAUUCGGCAAAAUCGUUCUACGGAUGCCAUUAGUUGUGCUGAUAAUUUAGUUGAAAGAUUUCAGGCUCACAAAAGGCGAACUCUUGACAUUCUUUAUGCUCGAGUUUAUUUUUAUUAUGCACUCGUGUAUGAAACUGCCGAUCGUGCCAAUGAAAUUAGAAAGCCACUGAUGCUUGCUCUACGGACAGCCACACUUCGGCAUAAUUUUGAAAGUCAAUCUACCUUAACAAAUCUUUUAAUUCGCAACUUCAUUCUUUAUAAAUUGUACGACGCUGCGGAGAAGUUCAUAUCACGUUGCAGUUUUCCUGAAGUUGCAUCAAACAACGAGUGGGCGCGUUAUCACUAUUAUUUGGGGCGCACGAAAGCUGUUCGUCUACAAUACAGCGAAGCUAAAGAGCAUCUAGAAGAAUCUUUACGAAAGGCCCCUCAGAAUUCUGCCCUCGGCUUUCAGCAAGAAGUACAAAAGUGGCUUGUUGUUGUUCACCUCUUACUCGGGCUUAUCCCAGAUCGCCUUUUUUUCCAACGCGCCACAAUGGGCAAAGCCUUGAUUCCUUACUUGGCUAUUACCUACGCCGUUCGUCAGGGUGACUUGAUUUCUUUUAAUAAAGUAGUUGAUCAAUACGCCGUAAAAUUUAUAGCCUCAAAUUUAUACAAUUUGGUUAUGAGAUGCCGCCACAACGUUAUAAAAACCGGCGUCAAGUUAAUCUGCACUUCUUAUUCGCGAAUUUCUUUAAGGGACAUCUGCUUUAAAUUAAAUCUCGACUCUCCAGAGACCACGGAGUACAUUGUUGCAAAAGCCAUUCGGGAUGGAGUCAUUGAUGCUACUAUUAAUCACAUAGAAGGCUAUGUACAAACCAAAGAAAACUGCGCAACUUACAAUACGGCAGUUCCUCAAGACGAACUUCAUAAACGAAUUUCUUAUUGCAUGAAGUUACACAAUGACAGUGUGAAAUCUAUGCGAUUCCCUGAUAGCGAUUUCCGUAGCGAUUUGGAGUCUUCUGAAGAAAGACGUAUUCGAGAGCUUCAAGAAAAGGAGUUGGCUCAGGAAAUUGCGGCAGAGGAAGAUGAGGAGGAGGACGAAUAUUAA